ACACAUAGCUGAGCAGCACGUGUAGUAAAAACAUUGAAGGUUGUUAUUAAAGAUUGAGUGAGAUUACACAAUCUUGUAAAACGCCGGUUCAAGUUCAAGUUUAGUGACUUGUGCAGUGAAAAAGUGUUUUUCGAGCUGCGCCAAAGGGGUUUUAUUGCCGACAGACUGUAUAAAUCUUUGAGAUCUUCUACUUACAUAGACAUGUACAUCACCAGGCCCAGCGAAGAGAAGUGCAAAAUGAUUAACAGGAACAAGUUGGGACGUGCUCUUAGAGGAGCCCUAAUUAAGGCGAAAGCCGAACGCCGUUUGAUAUGCGGACUUCUGCCUGCCAUAGCCUACUUGGAAAAAAGCCCCGAGGACGUUGUACUCUGCGUUUUGCCUCAGACUCGUCCGGGCGAUGCCGCCAACCAUAUACAGACCGUCCUCUUGCAUGCGUUCUGUUACGAGAACUACAUUCCCGUUCUUGAGGUAGACAGUAGUCAAAAGCUAGCCACCUAUUGCGGGGUAGCCAAAAAAUCCAUAGACUCUGGUCAGUGUAACUGCGCGAUCAUAGUCCGAGACGAGAGGAUCCAAUUAUCAGAGAAUGACAGUAUUCCAAUGUCACCUACAGAACAAACCCUGGCUGAUUUUUACGAGUGCACAAUUGAAGAGUCGCCCAGGCCCGUGAUCGAGCUGCCCAUUUGAAUCGAGAAGGGCAUCGGGCACGGGAAGAAAAGCGCCUAUUCACGAAAAAGAAGAUAUUAGACUUGCAAAAUCUUCAUCGGUAGAUGUACGUUGACGCGUUGUCGAAACAUAUAUGAGAGCUACCCGCUAUAUAACUGUUAAUAAUGAUAAUGGCCAGUUAUUGUCAUGCCGAAUGCGAUUAUUUUAAAAACCUUGUUUACGGCCAUAAAUUAAUAGCGAAAUGGCGAUGAACGCCUGCAAUUAACUUAUGACUUGCGUAUGUGUAUAAAACUCGGUAGUUAUAAAUAUUCUCGCGACUAGUUUGAGGAAAUUCGUAUAUUUCUUUAUUGAUGAAAUAUUGAUAAAAAUUAUAUAUAGGAGUACUUCUUAGAAGCGACGUCGUAAGACAUUGUAGAAUUGGUACUUGAGUAUAAUAUUGGUUACUUGGGAUUGUUUAAUACGGAAUUGUUGCAAUGAUUUGUUAAUAAA